AUGGCCCACGCGGAAUCCCCAACGUGGCUCGUCGAGCGAUCGACAUCAACCGCCCUCAACGGCGAUUGGCGACACAAUAUCUCAAACGAAGGCCUCGUCGUCGAGGCCUGGGGUCAAGGCUUCAUCGUCGGCAGCCUUAUCAUUAUGGCAUGCGUAACGGUCGCGAACAUGCGCAAAGGCGUCCUCCUACACAAACUCAUCCUCCUCGAACUACUUCUCGCCAUUCCACACGGCACAUUCGCCUUCAUGGCCUUCGACGGCUACAGCUGGUACCUGUCCAGCACGGCAUCGCUGCUGUACACGUCAUACUUUAUCCACAACGUCGUCGCAUGGAUCAAGAUUCGCCCAUUUAUUUUCGACCCUACGGGAUUCAUGUUCUCGCCGCGAACCGCGACAUGGGUGAGCAGGAUCUACAUUGGCACGCUCGCGGCCACGAUUGCGCCGAUGUUGCUGCAGAUUGUGUCGAAUUUCUUGUUCUUCAAUGGAAUCAAUGAUCUAUAUGAGCGGGUGAGGCCGACUGAGACGACAUACCGGGAUCCGUGGUGGCUGUUCAGUACGCUGGCGCUGUUCUAUGUGUUGCGGAAGUGCUAUGGCAGUAGUGUUUUUACGCUGAUUGGGAAGAGUCCACGGUUGGGGAUAUUGCUGGUGGCGAUGUGUUUGGCGAUGGUAUUCACGUUAAUGGAUAUACUGGCUACGACGGUGCCGGGUGUGAAUCAUGGUAUUGAUGGGAUCAAUGUAUACUGGAAGCUCGCCUUGGUGUUCAAGUGCCUGACAGACAAUAUCAUGUUGGACGACUUCAAGACGGAAUUGAAGAAGCUUGGCGGCGUGAACGGCCUCACCUCUCUCGGCGAAGACGAGCAGCACAGUCCAGGCAGAGAUCGUCAGGCGGGUCGCGUGCCAUACGGCGUUGAUUGUCGCGCUGUGCAGCGCGUGGAGACUUCUACUUCUGAAUCGACGGUUGCCGAGAAGGCUCAGGAGACGGGAGGGGCGAGGGAGGUAGAGCAGAUCAGUUUUCAAGAGAUGCUGUCGGGUCCGCGAUCGCAGCCACGAGCGACGCCAGGAGAGUUGAUGGACGUUGGUGGUUUGGCGUGA